AUGGCAGAAAUGAUGAAGAGCAAGGGCAGGCUCCCUCUUCUUCAUAUCCUUCCGCUAGUCUUGCAGCUCGCCAGCCUGGUCCUCGUCCUCCUCGUCUUGACUAAUCCGGCGCCGUUUAACGGUAGCGGCAAGCUCAGCCUCUUCACCAUUGAGCCCAAGUCGCUCAAUGUGACAUCGUCUUCGGCAAAUGACACUUCUUCGUAUCUCCUGACCCUUCCGUCUUCAUCGACGACAAAUACUUCCAGUCAACCAAAUGCUACGGUGGGCGUCAACACGACAACGACGUCGGUCUCCUUGCCUGCGUCUGCCACGACAGCCGCGACUUCAACUACGACACCCAAGAAACGAGAGCUGGAGCGGACCAACGUCAAGCGGGAGAAUGUCACGGACGUGCCCUACUAUGGCAAUGGCACCAACGUCACCGUGUCCAACGGAGACGGUGUGGCGGCUCGCGAGCUGUCGCGCAUCGCCAUGAAGCUGGGUCCACUGGGCUCCUGCUUCCGCGACGCCAAGGGCGACUGGAGCUGCACUUCGGCCCGGCUCGCAUCGACGUUCGACUAUGCGCAGCUCGAAGGAGUCGGUGUGCGGUUCAAGACGGCGGGUAUGCUCACCGGCAUCAGCACCUCGCCCUCGCUCCUCCUUAUCGCCCUCCUCGCCCUCGUCGUCAACGUCGCCGUCGCCGCGCCCAUCAUGAUGGCCAAGACGAUGCCGGCCAAGUUUGGGAGCAUUCUCGAGAGUGGACCACGCGAGAGAGGCCUCCGAGGCGCACUCGACGCCACCUUUUGGCUCCUCAUCCUCUCGUGGCUGUUCACCGUGGGCUCCGGUCUGAGCAUGCGCAUCAGCCUUUCCAAGGCCAAGACAGCUUUCAAUGCCGCCAAUGCAGGUCUCGCGCUGCCUCUCGAGUCGACGGUGGACCACAACACGUCUGGCGUGACCCUCGCAGCCGAUAUCGGAGGAGAGUUCGGACUGCUGUGGAUGGCGCUGCUCCUCAUGGCCACCUCGGCUUUUCUGAUGCGAAAGCGAACGCAGAGGGACCGCGCCGUCGCCGAAGCGCGCGCAGACCUCGAGGCACAGUACGGCCGCAAGGUCUUUGAGGCUGGCGAUUCGCUGUCGAGUCAAGCCGUCGUCACAUCCCGCAGCGUGCCAGCCCGCAGCGUCUCGACAAAGAGCACGUUGGCUGCACCUACCAAGAACGAGCAUCUCUACAUCCACCACCCAUGUCCUCCGCAGCAGACGCACGUCGACAUCCACGAGCUUCGAAGCCAGCCCAGCCUGCCGUCUCUGAGACAUGUGUACGACAUCGACAGCCCCGGCGCGGCGCCAUUCUCGGGGUAUUACAGCCAUCACGAAGAGGUCUUGCGGGAUGACAAGUCAAAUCCGUCGCCACGACCUCCUCUGUCGUCCUCGUCCUCGUCGUCUUCACAUGGGCCUAGGGGCUACUUUGGCGACCUCAAGAGGAGCAACACCAUUGAUGCAUGUCCUACCAACGAUCGAAGCAUCAGUCCGGCGCCGAGCUACUGGACACAGGCGGCGUCGUGCUACAAUGGUCAAGAGAGGGAGAGGGACCGCCUCGAGCGGGAGAGGCGUCUCGAAGCGCUAGAGGCUGAAGAGAUGGCUGCCAAGAGGCAGAGAGAGCGUGAGAUGAUGAGUGCGCUCCGCAAAGAAAGGGAGAGAGAAAGAGAGACGAGCAGCGACUCGCGGAACUACAAUGCGCACUGGUGA